AUGGCUCAAUACCAUGCGCUUGACGCUCUUCGAAACUUGAUACGGACCGGUAAUGAAUUUGAGAGGCGUCAGCUGCGGGAUGACAUGUUAGAAGAGGACAUAGUAGGUGUAUGUCUGCAGCACUUACAACGUCCUUUGUGUGUCAUGCACGAAGUAGCUAUUAACCUUCUACGAGCACUUGCAAGUGACGCCUUUCUCGGUGACAAAGUAUCCCCUUCCGUAGCUGCCGACAUAAUCGAAAGUGUUUGUAUUUUUGCUCUUGCGGGGUCAGAUCACGUCGUGUCCCAGAUGCUCGACCCGAUGACAGCUUGGCAAAGCUUGGUCUUUACGGAUGCAGAUGGAAAGAUCCCGACGGAUAAGGUAGCAGAGUAUGCGCCUGAUUACUACUCGAUGGUUCAAGAUUACGCACUUGCGGCUGCGCACUCCUUGAUGGGUGUUUUUCCUACUCCUUCUCGCAGAUUUUGUCUCGAGAUUCUGAAGAAGAAGCCACAGAUCGUCGAGCUUCUGCUUGAUUGCGCAGCUUUAGAUCGAUAUCCUCGCAAUCCCAUGGCACAUUUUCGCACGAAAGCAUGUGAAGUAUUAGCCGUUCUCUUGCAAUGGCCCAGUCACAUCGUACCGGGAGUACCGACCCCCUUAGACAAAGCUUUCAAAGCGCAAGAGUGGAAGGCUAUGUUGCAGAUGACGGCCAUCUUUACGUCCCGUACGGAUUGGCUCGACAAGCUGAUCGAAGUGUGGGUUCGUGUUCAAGAUGAAGAUAUGGAGCAGGUUCAAGGACUUAUGCAAAGAUAUGUUACCAAUCUCGGCCCUACAGGGCCUGUAGAGUCAGAGGGCCGAGGUGCUGUAUCCAUUUAUGGAGAUCGCACUGUUCGCAUUAUUGUCUUACGACUCAUCGCGACCCUCACACAUUUGGCAGAAUCAUGUGGGAUAACAAAUGCACAGAUCGAGUCUUUCCUCCACGUAGCCUAUCGUUCUUGCGGCAAAGGGAGGACUCUACGAAAGUCUCCAUCCCUUCAGGAAAUACUUGAAGCCGCCGAGUACUGCACGGAGCUUUUCCACUACACAAGAGGCAACGGUGCCACGGCGGGAGCCAAAGGCCAAAGCCAGAUUGGAGACAUUAUUGCGAUCGAGAGUCCUAUUUCAGUCGCACCACAGUGCGUCCUCGGCCCUACUGCACUCGUUCGCUUGCUCGUCGUCCUAGCACAGCGAAACGCUCUCGAAGGAAUCCAGACCCUCAAGAAGGCUCCCACUGGGCUUUCGCCGUCGACGUCGCUGAGCCAAGUCCAGCACAUCACUCACCCCGACAUCAUCCGUCGAAUCAUAAAACUGUCGCAAUCACGUAUCCUAGAACGAACAGAACAGGGGCGUCUACGUAUCAAGGAGAAGAAAGACGAUGCCGACAUCAAUCUAGCUUGCUCGUUGUUUGUCAGCUCAGCCGAGCUAGCAGCGGCUGUGGUCGCGCUGGAUACAUACACGGAGGGAGUUUACGCAGCUGAGGCGCUCGGAGCGCGGAAACAGCUCGUCAUCGCACUUGGGAAUGCUUCGCAGAUGGCGCUCAAUCUUGAGCAGCAUCGGCGUGCGCUGCACUACGGCUGUGGCGCUGUCAGCGUGGCGGAGGACAUUCCUGCCGAGGAAGGCCUGGAUCCCGCCAUCAUCGAGAAGAAUCAGCGAAGGGUAGAUCAAGCCAAUGCAAAGCUUCGCCGUCGCUAG